AUAAACACUCCACACUCUUCCACACCACCCCUUCACACGCUUCUCUCUCUCUCUCUGCACAGUUCCCAAUGGCCCAGUCCUCCGCCAAGCACUCUUCAGAUUCCGGAAACUGCCGCAACGGCGUCGUUUCGCCGAUGAACAAGAACCCCCUCACGUUUCAUCUCCAGAAGCUCGGCCUCGAGCUCACUUGCCCUCUCUGCCUAGGGUUUUUUAAUCGGCCGACAUUGCUUCCCUGCAAUCACAUCUUCUGCAACAACUGUGUGCCCAAUGGGACCAAUUUGGGAGCAGAGUGUCCUCUGUGUAAUAUCCAAGUUCCUGGUCAAGAUCUGAGGCAUGCGCCUUUCAUGGAAAGCAUAGUAGCAAUCUACAAAAGCAUGAAGGCCACUUACUGUACCAACUCCUCCCAGCCUAUAUAUUCAGAUGUUAGAACAGCUUCGGGUCAAAACCCGGUUUCACCUGAUGUCAGUUUUGCUGGGAAAUCGACUAAAGAACUGUUUGACAAUUGCCAAGAGGGUAAAUCAGAAAGUGCUCAGACCAUUGUUUCAUCAAGGGGUAAUAAGCGAGUAUGGGUUCCAUGUAGUCAGAAACAUUCUGUUACAGAUGGAAUUGGCAAGCAUGGCAAAGUAGAUAACUGUAGCAUAGCAAUAGAUGGUAACAGCGAAGAAUUCGAGUUGGGUAGAGGACGUAAAUUUAAUGGUGGAUUAAAUCCCAAUUCACCAUUACCAAGUUCUCAAAUAAGAUCUGUGGGACUGGACGAGUGUAUGACUUCAGAAAGAGACAUGAAUCCAGUAGUGCAGGCGUUGCUGGAUAGUCCUCCUUCAUUUGGUGAUGCCAAAUGUUCAGAUAAUGAUAAUAGCUUUGACCAGUGCUCUGAGCAAAUUUCAGACAGUUUGAUCAGGGGGUCAAUGAGGAAAAUUGAUGAUAGAACAGGGCAGAUGAGGCCUGAUAGUUCUGCAUCUGAUACUGAUGGCCAUUUGAGGGAACUCAAGAGACAGAAGAAACUGGACUAUGGGCCAGUCUCAGGGACUAAUUCUGAGCUGGAACUUAAAUUCAGAACACCUUCUAAUGAGUCUUUCACAAAUAACACCAUUUGUGCAUUUUGCCAGUCUUCCACAAUCUCAGAGGUCACUGGGCCAAUGUUGCACUAUUCCAAGGGAAAAUUGGUGGAGGGAGAUGAUGCAGCUGUUUCAGAUGUCAUACAUGUUCACAAAAUAUGCAUUGAUUGGGCACCACAAGUGUUCUUUAAAGAUGAAACCAUUAAAAAUUUGAAGGCGGAAGUGACAAGGGGUGCAAGAUUAAAAUGCACCAAAUGUGGGAUAAAGGGAGCAGCCUUGGGAUGCUUUGUGAAAUCCUGCCGAAGAAGCUAUCAUGUUACCUGUGCAAUUGAAAUUUCCAAGUGCCGUUGGGAUUAUGAAAGCUUUCUUCUGCUGUGUCCAGCACAUUGUUCAGUUAAAUUUCCCAAUGAGAAGUUGAAUCGUAACAAGCACAAAAAUUGUCAGCUCUCCGACAGUAGAGUCGCUUCAAAUGGAGUGAACAACUGGGUUUUAUGCCCUUCUGGUUUGUCUUCUGAAGAGAAGAUUUUUCUUAUCAAAUUUGCUGAGAUGAAUGGUGCAACUUUGUCCAAGAGCUGGACACCUGAUGUUACACAUGUGAUUGCUGCCCUGGAUGGGGAUGGUGCAUAUGUCCGGACGUUUAAAAUUUUCAUGGCCAUUUUGGCAGGAAAAUGGAUAGUGACAAUUGACUGGGUAAAAGCAUGUGUGGAAACUAAGCAUCAUGUGGAUGAAGAACCUUAUGAAGUUAGUCUUGAUAACUAUGGUUGUCGCAGUGGUGCCAAAGCUGGCAGGCUUAGGGCAUUAAGCAAUGAUGCGAAGCUCUUUAAUGGUUUGAAUUUCUAUUUUGCUGGUGAUUUUAUACUGGAACGGAAGGAAGACUACAAAGAAUUGGUCAUAGCUGCAGGAGGUACUGUUUUCAACAGUAAGGAAGAUGUGCUUGAAGCAAGUUGUCAUGAAAAGGGCACUUCGAGGACACUAGUUGUGUACAACCUUGACCCCCCACCAGGGUGCAAGUUGGGGGAAGAAGUUUCAAUACUUUGGCAAAGGUCUAACGAGGCACAAGAUAUAGCUGCGAAAAUUGGAGCUGAAUACGUCUUUCACACAUGGUUGUUGGAGUCAAUUGCGAGAUAUGAGUUGCAGCCAAUUGUAUGUUGACGAAGUAUGAAGUGCAGUGAUUUUUGUUUGUUGAAGUACAGAACAACCAUCUGGUAAAGAUAGGUAAGAUGGUAAUCUGUAUGCUUCAUUAGAAAGGUAGGUCGAAGAUGGUUUUCUGCAUGCUUCAUUAGAUUCCUGCAACCUGUGAUGUCAUAUAAUGUAUCAUUACUCCGUUUUUGUGUAAUUCAAGUCAAUGAAUUUCAAUUCUUUUGAAUAUUUUUUU